AGGGACCGGUGAUACGUAGUUUGUUCACAAUCAAUUGUAUUAUACAAAUUCCACUCGACGGUUGCCACCCAGACUUCGCCCACCUUGAGGUUCACCUUGCACGCACUCCAAAAUAAUCUGACGCCGCUCUGCUCAAAGACUCAUAUUAGAAUACAAACUGUUUGAGGGACUUUGCAGAAGGCUAGGAAACGUGAGCUCAAGCAAGCCGGACCGCAUCUUGGGCGGGUGUACUACCGGUCCUGGGUGCGAAUCGCGCCAAUCCUCCGUGGUGGGGUCCACGCGGAAAUCUCAGCACAUGGACCGCGAAGUCGUUUCACUUGGACUGCUCGUGAGCCAUUCCUGAGCUCAGUGAGUGAGCUAUUUGGAGUACGAGGCCGAGCGAGAGCGCGACAGUGCCAUCAUUCAGCCGAUCCAGCGAGGAAGCGAUGGGGUAUAAUGCAAUCAUCUGAUCAUGCAGAGACGUGCGGGUUUCCUCGACCUUGCGGCGGUCCUAGGUCUCUUCGCGACAGUGCCAGAAUACUUGUGUACACGGGCGCGCCGUUCGUCGACAGACCAAUCACUGAUGGUGUCUGGAACCAUUCAUCGCUGAACUGUGUCCGAAGAGGGUCUACGAUUGAGAGGACGCUCAAAUGAAGGAGAUAGUAGCACUGCCUUCGUAUGGAGUAGUUUCCACGCCAGCGGUGAGGAUGAACUACAGGUUCGACUAAAAUCCCCGCACUCAGUGGUGGUCGCCUAAAAGCGGGUAUAUAAGUGCAGCGCCACAGUUCGACUGAGCUGCCGCGCGGGGUUGUGCUG